GGGAAACAGAUGAGGUGCAGCCGUGCAGUGCUGGCCUCGCACCUGCACCACUCCCUUAUCCGCUGGGCCUAGCCCUGCACUAACUGUGAGCUUCUCAACUCCAUCCAUGGAGGCCAUGGCCAGGGCGAGCGUAGCUUCCUCGGCCCAGCUCCGCCCCUGCCCGAGCCCGCGCCGGAAUCGCUGCCCCAUGCGCUGCCCCGGGCGACGUGGUGUUGCUUGCUCGGCCUCGGCGGCCGACGCCGACGUGGUCGACCUCUUCGACGCCGCCAAGCUCACGGUGGACAGGUUCGUGAAGAGCGGCAUGGUGGUCGGGCUAGGCUCCGGGCCGGCGUCCGCCCUGGCGGUCCAGUACCUCGGCACGCGCCUACGCCGGGGAUCUCUCACCGACAUCGUCGCUGUAACCUCGUCCGUGCUCAGUGCUAGCGAGGCAGACAUGGCUGGAAUACGGGCUAGCAGCUACCAGGAAGGAACCCAAAUUGAUUUUGCUUUCACUGAUGCUGAAGUAAUCGAGGAGGGCACGCUGGCUGCUGUCAUCGGGCGGCGCAAGACCGAGAGUGGAGAGCCCUCUUUCAUGGUGGAGAAGGUAUUUAAGCAGAAAUCUUCAGAAUCAACAAUGGUUAAAUCAGCUGAUAAACUUGCCUUCAUCACUGGAAAUGACAAAUACCUGACAGGCGUCGAGGGUUCCAUUCCAGUCCUGGUUAAAAGUGGAAAUUGGAUAGACACUGCUGAAGAGAUCGACGAUUUGUUCCUAGGGGAUGCAGAGGUUUGGAGGAGGCCAUCAUUUGGGACAGCCGGUCCACUGGGGGGUGAUCACCCAUUGGUCACCAAGGAGGGUCAUCACGUACUUGAUGUGAUCUUUACGACCCCCAUCCCUGAUCUUGGCCAGGUAGCAGAGAAGCUGGAGAAAAUUUCUGGCGUUGUGGACCAUGGGAUUAUUUGCAGCAAUCAAUCAUACGCGGUGAUUGCAUCGAAGGGGGAAGUGCAGGUCAUUGAGGAGAAAUCGUCAGUGAUACCAUAGUGCUGCAGAAUUCUCCAGUUGCCUGCGGAGGCGCCAUUUUUCUCAACAUUCCAGAUAAGAGUCUACUUGCAAGUUGGCUGGAAAAUGCCAAGAGUUAGUCGUAUAUAUCGUUAGCGAAAGUUUAAACGGAAAGCAUCUUUUACCGGCAGGUUACUGCUAACUAUGUUGAGCAGCAAAGCUGAGUAUGACUGCAUGACAGGAUGCCGACUGUCAAAUACCUUUACGAUUUCGGCGGUGUGGGGAUCAUGGCCAGCGACCUGUCAUUAGUAGACGAUGCGUGUGUGGAAGCUCCAUUUUUUUUUCCCAAAUGACUGCAACGUGUCAUUUCAUUAAGAAAGAGAGAGAAAAUUGGAAGCUCCAAUCUAAUAUGUAGUUUCCA